UGCUUCCCUUGGGGCACAUCCUCCUCAACGUGACAGCUUGGACGAAACAAACUACGAAUUACGCUGACGUACAAAAUCGAAACAAUCUUUACCAGAAGCGACGCCGGGGUUUGACUCUUUGCGCAAUCUCCUCAGCCUGUGAUUGCCAAUAGAGACUCAGAGCUUAUAAGCGGCGCGGAGAUUUGCUCCCCAGGAAGAAGGGAUUACGAACCGGGGGGUCUGGGAGUUUCUUAUUGCGAACCGCAAAGGAAAGCUCGAUAAUGCUCCGCCGGUAGCGAGAUUCGAACAACACUCCGACAAACCUCUCCCUUCCUUCCGACGACGACCACGAAACAACAUCUCGAACAACCUAUUGACAAACCAUCGACAUCCUCAAGAAAUCUGCUGAAAUUAACCCGAAAUCCGAAGCAUACACCCUCCGAAACAACCUUUGACUUCGACCCGCCAUGCCCCGCCGUCGCAAGCCGCCCCGGCCAGGCGCCCUCAACGACCUGCCCCCGCUGCGCAUCGCCUCGCAGAUCGCGGCGCUACAAGGACUGUACUAUGCCGGGGCGCUGGUGCUGAUGCUCUUUUCGGCGCUCGUCGCUGGAACGGGGUUCACGCUGGAUACCGUCUUUGGAUGGGAGGCUGUUCGGGGAGAUACGACGCAGGGUUGGUUGGGGGCUUUCUUGUGGGUUCUUGAUGGGGGUUUCUGCAUGUGAGCUUCUUCCCUUCCUUCUCGUCUUUUAUACGGAGUGUUUGGGCUAGUUUGUGUUGUUUCUGGGAGCUUGUGGUCGCGGGAUGAAGAGAGAGAGGAAGGGAGCGAACGAGCGAGGGCAAGAGUCUGAAAAACCAACGUUAACGUACAACAACAGGGCUGUCGCAAUCAUCAUCCUCAUCGGCCGCUCGAAACUCGUACCCGACUUCGCGUUGACAAUGCACGGUGUACACCUCGUCGUCACGAGCCUAUACACCGGCCGCAUCCCACGGAACGCAAUGUGGUGGGGUGCCAUGGCUGCCAGCUCGGGUAUCUGUGUCGCCUUGGCGGUUUGGGGAUCUAGAUACCGCGAGUUGAGGCCAAUAUCGUUUGGUGGAGGAGGCGGUGGCGGCGGAAAUGCCGGUGCUGGGAGCAGCGGUGACGGGGCCGCGCAGAAUGGCGGCGCCGGAGACGAGGAGGAUGGGCUUGGGUUCUCGAGGGGGC